CCGCCGUCAGUGAUGGGCGUACCGCGAGUCACUAGCGCCGCGCCAGCCGAGCUCGAGCUCGGGAGAGCUAGGCGACCCCACCUGUUGAUCGUCGACGACUCGAGGCAGGCGCGCGCCAGCGAAGAGGUUUGGCCGCCUGAGGGUUUGGAACUACAAACGAACGUGAGAUCAAACUCAGUGGACUACGCAGCAGCGUUGAUGCUAGCAGCAAUGGCGGCCGUUCUGUUAGCUGCUGUUGGAUACCAAUGUGCUGCCACCUGGAGGUGGAUUAUGGGAAGAACUCGACGUGACUCUGAAGAUAGCAAUUGUGAUUCCCUCUCCCGACAAGCAGCUAUUCGCAUCAGCCACUCGCUCCCCGACCUUCAGACGGAACCCUUGAAACAGGAGUACGUACAGGAACACAAGGAUGCUGGCAAGAAGGUGCUGCGCCAAACGACGCUUCCUAUUGUACCAGAUCGUCACCAAACAUUCCAACGUCAACUUUCACACCGACUGGAUCUUCCAUCCAUCCAAUUCAGCAUCUGCAGUCUAGAGAGAGCGGAUUCUUCCAUUGGACUUAUAAAGCCGGAAUUAUACAAGAACGAGCUUGUCCGUCAAUCUUCUACUGAUAGCGGUGAACUUGAAUUUUGCGGAAAACUCCACUUCGCUUUGAAGUAUGAUCAAGAAGUUGAGGCUUUAGUCGUAAAGAUAUUCGAAGCUCGGGACUUGCCAAUUAAGGACGUGUCUGGGAGUAGCGAUCCUUACAUCAAGGUGUUCUUGUUACCAGACCGUAAGAAGAAAUUCCAGACCAAAGUGCAUCGUAAAAAUUUGAAUCCCGUGUUCAAUGAAACUUUCUUGUUUAGUGUUGCUUAUGAAGAACUCCGUCAGCGCUUUUUACAAUUCUCCGUAUACGAUUUUGAUCGCUUCAGUCGUCAUGACCUGAUUGGACACGUGGUGUUGAAGGGACUCCUUGAGUCAGCUGAUUUGCAUCAAGAGAUUGCUUACACUAUGAACAUAUUGGCGCCACCACAGGAGAAAAAGGACCUGGGAGAGUUGAUGCUUUCUCUAUGUUACUUGCCGACCGCGGGCCGCCUUACUGUCACUGUUAUCAAGGGCAGAAAUCUGAAGGCAAUGGACAUUAAUGGAUCUUCAGAUCCCUACGUCAAAAUAUGCCUGAACUGUCAAGGGAAAAGGAUAAAGAAGAAGAAAACGACUGUCAAGAAAAAUACCCUCAGUCCGGUGUAUAAUGAGGCAUUAGUUUUUGAUCUACCCGCCGAAAACGUGUAUGACGUCACUCUACUUGUCAAGGUCAUCGAUUACGAUCUGAUUGGUCCAAACGAGCUAAUCGGUUGCACGGCAAUCGGUUCUUCACUAAUCGGAAUCGGACGCGAUCAUUGGCUGGAGAUGUUGGAUAACGCCAGGAAGCCUGUAGCACAAUGGUAUCCUCUAAACAAGAGCCCUCCGACAAAUAUCAAUUUACCAGCUAAUGAACAACAGAAUACACCACUGAGCUGUUUGAACACAAGAUGAAGGGAUAACAGGGACAAGGUAUAUAGAAACAACAAUGUUAGUAUCAGUAAAGGAUGUUUUAGAUACGGUUCUAAAGAUGCCAAAGUUUAGUUGUAGAUUAAUAUGUUUAGAUUGUUAUUCGUGGGAUAGUAAAUGUUAAUUACACAAGAAUAUAUUUUAUCUGUUGAAAUACUCUUAGAGUAUAUGUAUUCUGUAGAUUAUGAUUGUUUAAUAUAGAAAUAUAUAAUUUGUAGACGUUUCAGUGUUUACGUAGACUUUUCUUAGUUAUAAAUGUUAGUGUCACAUACGUUCAUUGAUAUCUUAACAUAUGUUUUUACGUCAUUUCUUAAAUAUUUUUUAACACAAAUAUCUGUAAUUAAAUAGACAAGAUUUAUCUCUAAACGCACAUUUCAAUUCAAGACUUGAUCUUAUCAUGUACAUAUUAAUAUUAAGAUGUAAUAAACAUAGCUGUUGUCUUCUAUUGUGUAAGUUUUAAAUAUCGUGAGAGAAUAAGUUAAAGAAAUAUUUAUAUUUAUUCCCAUAAUAUAUAUACUCUGAAUAUUAUAUAAUAUUAUUUUGCAACUUCCAUAAUUUAUGUUCUGUUAGCGAAUGUUCCGAACAUUCUUUUCGUGUCUGACAAUAAGUAGAGAAACUUUCAUGCAAGCCCUUAUUUUCUUUUAGAUUUCAAUAUUAAAAUUAUUGUAAAUUGUUAUUCAUGUCUAUGUAAGAUGAAAAUGAAGCUUUAAAUUAUGGUUAAAUUAAAUAUAAAAUAUAUAUAAAAAAAAUCUAUCAAUAUGUAUCAAGAAUAAAGAGAAAAUUUGUUUAAGUAUUUCUUCAAUUAAAAUAUCCGCUUAGAGUGUUUAUAUUUGUAUAAACUUUUAAAAAAAUUCAAGAAAAACCUUUUCGAACUAUGUUAAAAUGUGUAAAAUAGUGAUAUAUAUUGAGAAUCGAAAUAAGGGGUUUCUUAUAUGACCGCAUAUUCCAUUUGCUGUAGUUUCAUUGAAAGAUGCUAAAAGGGUUAAUGCUUCAGCGAUAUUUGCUAUCCAUUAAAAAGGUAAUGUUAGUAAAAAGCUAAUGGUAACACAUUACCCACAUAUGUAAAUAACUAAGACUUUAUAAUGAAAAAUAUCUUUUAUUUCCCUACUAUUUUACAUUUUCAUUUAGAAUGAAUGUUACUUUAUUUAUACAAUAUAAAUGUUAAAUAAAAAUAACUUAUUGCGAGUAAUUUUAUAUAAAAUAUUAUGUAUAGACUUUUGCUAUGAAACUAUGCGUAUUUAUAAGAUGUCCAAAUAUCUUAAAAUAUAUUAUCAAUUACUUCUAUGAUAUAUAUAUCUUAGCGGAUCAUUAUUCUUAGGUCAUUUGGAGCAUUUACUAACUAUUUAAAAAAAAUGUAUUCAUUACAUAUCUUUGAAGGAAUUAUUUCUUAUUCUAAAAUACUUUUUUAAGAACAAAUGAACAAGAAUAUACUGUAUUGAUAAAUUUUAAACGUCACGAAGUAUAUUAUAUUCUAUGACCCUAAAUAAUUAUUGUAAGUAAAACCUUAGAUGUGGAACGGCUUUGGAGAUUAAUGUAUUGCUUUCAAAAUUUCCACAAUAAAUUUAAUGGUCCGUUCAAUGUAUUUGAACUAUUUAUUUUUAUAUGAGAUGUAGUGUAUCGUUUAACUGUGAAUCUGUACUGUAGUCAUACUUCUACUGGUUUAUGAAAUUAAAUGUUGAAU